AACAACUGUCAGUCGAUUGUUGCCAAUAUCUGAAAUAAGAUUUAAAUUUACUUAACGGAAGAUGUUCUCGUUACUUGGAUUAAAACUAAUAUUGCCAACAUUGUUUUGCUUAAGUGUAUAUGCGAAAUUUCCUACAGAUCCAAAACCUUGUAGCCAUGGUGACACAGAAUGUGUGGCUAAACUGAUUGAAUUUUUCAUUCAUGAAAAAAGUCAAGGAGAUGCUUCAAUUAAUCUGGCCGGCAUUGAUCCUUUGCAAAUAAAGGAAAUCCACAUUAAACAGGGUGCAGAAAGUCCGGUCAAUAUCGAAUUGGAUUUCAAGGAUAAUCAGAUUAUUGGUCUAAAAGAUGCCAAAGUAGUCAAAGUUAAAGGCUUUGGCAAAGAUCUUACAAAGAAACAUGAUAUCCAUUUGGUAGUACCUCAGAUCGAUUUAGUAGGUAAUUACAAGGUAGAUGGCAAAAUCUUGAUUUUACCCAUUUCCGGAAAGGGCACCAACAACAUAACUCUAUUUAAUACCGAUCUGAGAAUACAAUUCACUGGUGUAUCCAUGGAAAAAGAUGGCUCUACCUAUAUGAACAUUGAAAAGUUCCGUCUGGAUUUGGAUCCCAAGGGAAUGCAUUUUAAAAUUGACAAUUUAUUCAAUGGCGACAAAGCCUUAGGCGACAAUAUGAAUUUGUUUUUGAACGAAAAUUGGCAGGAUAUUUUUCGGGAAAUAAAAGCUUCAAUCACCUCGGCAUUUGGUCAAAUAUUUCAAAGUGUUAUAUCGCAUGUAUUCACCAAAUAUCCUUACGAUAAGUAUUUUGUAGAAUAAACUAUUGAUGAUUUAUUGCAUACAUAUUUAUAAUACGAGUAAUUUUAAUAAAACAUGCGGCUGUGAUGAAAUCAUGGUCUGAUGCAUAA